UCAUGUAACAAAUGAUUGUAACAUUCAUAUCAUUAUGGUGCUGGUAUUUACUGUGUAGUUUGUCCCAAUUGCAACUGGUAUAUCUUUCAGAAUGAACGAGAUCAAUAUAUGAAUUGCUCAUAGUGUUUUUGGGUUGCCAAUCAAAGCUUAUUCAAUGAUUGAAAGGGUUCUAACAAAGUUGCUUUAUACUGUUGGACAGAUUGGGCACUUUGGAUGUGUGUUGUAUGUCAUCAAGAACUAUGUUGUUGAGCCCACCUUGUGUUUCGGCACAUCAAUGCAGCCUACAAUAAACUCCUCAUCAAAAAACGAUGUUGUAUUAACUGAGCACUUGUCUUCUCUGCACAAUUUAAAAAAAAAUGACAUUGUAAUUGUCCGGUCUCCCAAGGAACCAGAUUCUACAAUUUGUAAAAGGAUCACUGGGCUGGAAGGCGACAUGGUUGAAACAUAUGUGUCUGAUUCAUCUGAAUAUAAAAAGAUUCAGGUUCCUAAAGGACACGUAUGGUUGACAGGGGAUAAUACGAACAAUUCAGUGGACUCAAGGACUUAUGGUCCAGUACCUUGCGGUCUUAUACUCGGUAGAGUUUGUUACAAAUUGUAUCCCAUCUCCGAAUUUGGUCCUCUCACUUGAAAGUUCUGAAGAAGAUACGAAAGAUCCAACUAAUAUGAAAAGAAAGAUGAACAAUAAACAAUAUAAUGUCAACAUUGCGAAAUUUUAGAAUCCCUUAACUUCUUGACGUAAUUGUUUUUAAUGUGCCCUUGAGCUUGGAACAUGUACCUUAGGAACAGGCACAGAAUGGCACCUAAUCUUGCUUAGGUUGCAUUCACAAUCCGGAUAUAGACACAAUAGAUAAAUCAUAUUUUCCACACUGUACCACGUACGCUGAGUCGUUUACAUAUUGACACAAAUUUUGUGUUUGAAUACUUUGCAAUCAUAAAAGAUCUCGUUCAGUCAUUUUACGUGCAUCUUUCCUUGAAGUAACAACUCCAAACAGCAAAGAAUUUUAGCCUCCCAACGGGUAUAAUAAUGAAAUAACUUUGAGAAAAUCUUAAAGCGAAAAGGUUGUAAACAAACCUUUGUUCAUUUUAAGGCUGCAGAUAUCUAUCAUAUAGAGGUCCUUCUGGAAAGCCCUGUCCUGAUAAUAUUUUUUUAACUGGUUACAUAGAUCUGAUAUCAUAGUAUUUUGUAAAUAGAGUAAUUUUCAAAUGGAUUUUACCGUAUC